ACUGACCAAAACUUCCUUCAAGUUGGUACGACAUUUAAAAUUGUUUACAAAACGCUAGUGCAAGUACCUUUAACCUAACGUAAACGUAUAAGCUUCGACUAAAGUGUAAAUUGCAAAUGCAAUGCAGUAAAUUAUGUUUAAUUAUUCAUUUCAAUAUUCGAUAAUUCUGAGACUAUGAUAAGCUUUACUUGUGAAUAAAUAUUUCAUAGUCUUUUAUCAUAAACAGUGAGAGCAUGACUUUUCAGUUAUAAUGAGCAAAUUGAAAACAAAAACUCAAAGUGGAAGUAUUCACCGAGAUUUUGUGUUGCAGGCCCCAAGUGUAUAAUAAUAUAUCAGUUAAAUAAAGUAAAACAUAAGUGAAGAAAAACAGUUUUUGAUUGUAUUUAUGAAGAUAUAAAAAUAUAGUAAAAAUCAUUUCAAUUUGAGAAAUAAUGUUUUUUGCAUGGAGUGGGGAAAGUGGUGACACUUUGUAUACAGAUUUCCAUUAACAUUUGGCAAAACAAAUUUUGUUCAAGAUGAAUUCGAACAGGGAUUAUAAUAUAGCAUCCAGGUACCGAACUAUUCGAAAACACUUGGAUAGUUUAGGUUAUCGACAAGCACUUUCUCUAGAUGCUCUUCCACUUAUUGAAAAAUUGUUGGCCGAUUUAAUACAAACGACUGAUAGUUUUAAACACUUCAAGACUAUAGCACAAGACAAUGUAGAGGCAUGUAGCGAAUUACAACUAUCCAUUGAUCCUUAUAAAUGUGAUAAUGCACGGUUAGUCCAGGAGUGCAAUCAGCUCCACUUGGAUCUCAUUGAGGCAAAGGAAGUUCAUCAUAAACAGGCAAAAGAUCUCAAGAAAAAAAUUUACAAUUUAGAGAGCGAAUGCAACAAUUUACAAUUGGCUUCGUCUAGAAAUCUCAAACGUAUCAAGGAACUUGAAACAGAGUCGGCGCAAAAAAGUAAACGGAUACAGGAGUUGCUUGGAAAAUGUUGCAAGCCUCUGAUAAACAAUGCAGCACUUGCAUCUAAAAAGAAGCCUUGCUAUCCAUUGCGAAAACCUUCUAUAGAAUCUGAUCCUUUGCCCAGACUGAAAGGAAAUUCUUUACCGAGUCUUACCAAAGUUGAACCGGGUGUUAUAGAUUUAUUGGCAAUGGCUGAUCAUAAAAUGAGUUCUCUUAAUCACGAGGUAACAGCACUAAGGGCAGAGUUAUCAAUGCAAACUGACAACGUUUAUACAUUAAAAUCACAGUUGAAUGUAAAGGAGAAAGAGAUAUCAAGACUGAAAAAAAUGUUAGAAGGUGGACGUCCUCAAAGUGCUGUUUCCAAGGACUGUUCUUGUAAAAAAGCUGAUCAAUUUAAUGAACACAAUGGAUAUGAGAAAAGCUUAGGUCCUCACACUAUUUGUCACAGAGGUUGCGAGGCCAGUGAAUUAAAAAUGUUGCAACAAGUCAAACUCGAUCUUGAACAACAAUUAAGGGAAGCUCUCGAUAAGCAACAUGAUGCAAUGUCUCAAGCGAUGAAGCUAGCUGAGAGAAACGAAGAAUUGGAAAAAGAACUCCGUGACAUAGAUCAUAUUGCAUUGGCUGUUGAGGCUGAUUGCAAUACUGCAGUGAAAGAGAAUAACAAACGCGUCAGUCAUCUUCAGGAGAAAUUGGAUAACGUCAUGACUCAAGUUCACGUACUAGAAGGUGAGUUAAUGGUCGAACGUAGGUUAGCACAAGAGUUACGAGCUGAUUUAGAAGCCGGACGUCUGGAAAACCGGAACCUCCAGCGAAAGCUUGAAUCGACAUUGGACGAGAAGAAGCAAAUGACCGAUCGUAUCAACGAAUUAACCGUGAUUGCGUCUCGCGGUCAGCGUCGUUCCCAUUCGCCACCUGUUCAUGAAAAACAAAUGGAGGCGAUGAGAGAUCAAGGAGAUUCAAAAGAUGAUGAAGUCACGAGAGAUUCGAAUGUCGAAGCGAGCAGAAGAAAUUCUCAAAAAUUAAACAUGGAAAAAGACUCUAGAAUCAAUCAACUUCAGUUGACGAUCGACCAGAUUCAGACCGAUCGUGAUUAUUACAAAAACGAGUACAACAGGAUGAAAGAACAAUGCGCGAGAAAUACGGAAUCGGAUAAUGCGGAAUUGUGGGGUCAAGUGUGCGAAUUAAGACGCCAGCUGAUUGAGAAGGAACACGCAGUGUUGGAUUUGCAGAGAGAAAAAAAAGAUCUUUGUCGAGAGAAGUUCGAAUUGGAAUUGCGAUUGCAAUCCGUGAAGUCGGAUCGUAGGAACAGGGGAAAUUCUUGCGGCCAAUGUCGACUCGUCGGCAAUUGCGCUUGUUCGGCUUCUAGAUCGUCAUCCGCUGGCGACUCCAAGACUAUGCUGGAGCGAAUAGAACGAGAACGAGAUGCGGCAAGAGCUGACGUUGAUCGAUUGGUCGAAGAAAGAGACGCUUUACGGGAACGGCUCAAGCUUGCGGUGGAGGCGCAUAAAUUCGAGCAGCAACGGUUGAGGCAAAACCUAUGUCAUGUAGAGAAUCGCUUGAGUCAAUUAGAACGAGAAAGGCAGGAUAUUUUGCUUGCGCAGGGAACGCAACGAGCUACGAUCGGUGGUUUUGAGGAUCAAAUUGAAGAUCUUCGAGAAGAAUUGCGUCGGACAAAACAGGAGCUCACAACUCAGCGUACCCAAUAUUUUCAACUGAGGACAUUGCAAGAUCAAGCGGAUCAAGCGUUGGGCGAUGUUCAGGGUCAGCUGAGUCAGACAGAAGCCGAAUUGUACAAAACGAUGGAUCGAAAUAGAACUCUCGAACAACAGAGGCUGCAGCUCGACAAUGACGUGAAAGGCUUGAAGCAAGAAAUAAAUACAUUGCGGGCAAAUGUAUCUCGAGCUGAACAAGAAAAAGAACAAAUUUUGAUGCAGAUGAACGAGAGAAGCGAAAGAAUCGCGUUAUUGGAGCGUGAGCUCAAGGCCAAAGAGCAAGAAGUAGCUUCGGUUGAGAAACAGUAUCACGAGCUUCAGCAAAAGUAUCAAAUGUGCGUCGAUCAGAGUGCCGAACAAGAACGACGUCUUCGCAACAUGCAGAUGGAGAUGGAAAUAAAUCAACGACAAUUGGCCGCUGCGUCUAACGAUCGCGAUAACGCAGCACAGGAAAAUCGACGACUCCAAGAUGAUUUGGCAGCGGUUACUUGCGAAAUCAGGACUCUUCAGCGUGAGCUCGAAGUCUCGCGGGCUGAGUCUUUCGAUCUUAAGAGACAACUGCAAACCUACGUCAGCGAAGUUCGACGAGCCGAAGAUUUGAUAAACAGAAAAGAGAAUGAGAGAACUGAGAUGUUGAAUCAUUUCCGUAGUCUGAGCCUCGAGGCAACGGUACUGGAGAACAAUAAUCACAGCUUGGAAUCGGAAGCUGCCGAGGCACGAGGAGCUCUUCAAUCAGCUCGUGAUCGUGCCUUGGAUCUCGAACGACAGCUUGCCGAUCGAGAUUGUAUGAUAAGAGGAUACGAGACCCAAAUUACUGAACUGACCCAAACUGUAGCCAGCCUCGAAACUCAAAUAAGGCAACAAAUUGAGCAGCGCCAACGAGCAGAGGCCGAUUUGAACGCGGUGCGAGACCUUUGCGUCAAAUUGGAUCAGCAGAAAGAGUGCCUUGUGAAAGAACUCGGUGACAAAGAGGCGAUGAAGGCGCAGUACGAGGCACAAUUAGCCAGGCUCAAAGCUGAACAAAAUAUGGUACAAGACCAAAUCAAUCGGGAUCACGUGACUGUCGAACGAUUGCAGACACUGCUGGACCAAGCCAGACAAGAGUCCAUGGAUAGUCAAUCGGCUAAUCAAGAAUUACAGUGCGAAAUGUCGAGACUCAAACAAAAAAUGUGCGACUUGAAAACGAAAUUAUCGAACGAAUCUACGGAGUUGAGACGUUAUCAAAAUCAAGCUGCGGAAUACAGCAAACAGAUAAGCGAGCUCCGAAGACAAGUUACGAACGAGAGAUUCGAUCGAGCCAGAAAAGACGAGGAGCACAGGAGAUCCCUGAAUUCCACGCCAGACAGUUUUAACGUAGAUUUAAACGUCGUUAUCUAAUAAAAUAAAAGAGAAAAAGUUUGUGAUUCAAUAAAUCGUGCGCUUGAUUAAAAAUACAGAUACACAGAAAGCGGC